UCGCCUCUCCUCCGCUGGGCGGUGAUCUCACCGCCCCCCCAGAUCUCGUCUUCCCGUUCCCCCCCUCCUGCCCGAUUCAAAAUUUUCGAGACCUCCGCCACCGUCUCCACGCCACGGCAACUAGCCGUUCCUCUCCACCUCCAUGCCCAAACCCUAGGCGGCCACGCAGCGACCUCCGCGAGAGCCGGGCCGGCCAGCCAUGGAGCACCUGUUCAUGCAGGCCUUCGAGCGCGGGGAAUGGCUGGCCGCUCAGUUGCAGCAGCAGGUCGACUCCUACUCCCAGACCCUCGCCUGCAGCCUCCUCGCCGCCGGCCACAGGCCCCCGGAAUGGCUCCUCCCCUCCGCCACCCUGCCCCAAGAGCUGAAUGGCAAACCGAUUUUUCUCACUGGAAGACACAUUACAACACCAGCAGUCAAUAGGAGUGUCUUCCUGCCUCAAGCUGUUCCUAGCACUUUGUCCAGAAAUUCGGAGGUUCCAAAUGGGUGUGCUUACCCAGACACCAAUUGUACUAGCCAACAUGAAGAGGAGCAGCAAGAUCAGACUUCACUUAACCAGGACAUUUCUGAGACUUGUACUGCUGCCAAAAUGUUUUCAAGGAUUCAGCGUUCCAGGUCAAGGCAAAGGCAUAUUAAAGAUCGCCUACAUGGAAAGGAUCAGGCUGCAAAGAGUGGAAGCCAUGAUGGUAUGCAUAAGUCUAACCUUGGAACUUUGGGGUCAAAUGGAGCUAGUGCAUCAUCAUCAUCCAUACCAUGUGAUGAUGUUGCCGACAAUGCUGAAACAACAUCAUCAGUUCCAGGUCAGGGUAGUGGUUUUUGUGCUAUUCAGGGGAAGCCAAUUGACUUCUUGAAGUGUGUAGACAAUCUCGAAAAUCAAGGAGUUCAAUCAGAUGGUUUCCCGCAACAGAUUGUAGAGAGCAAAGUUGUCUCUUCCGAUAGCGACAUCAGGGUCAGUAACAAAUCUUCUGUUAGAGAUUCAUUGAGUGUGCCACUUCCAGAUCUCUCUAAGCCAAGCGUUGCAGAUAGUGUGUGCGACCGAAUUCCUGAAACUCACAUGUUGGUUGAGCCAAAGAAACUUCAAUUUGAUGGCAUUGAAUCAGUUUGUAUGAAUCCUACCAGUGAACAAAUGGGCCAGCAACAGGAUUCUGAUGCUAAAAGUGAGCAUCUUGAUAUUGCUGGUAGAAUUCCUUCAAGUGAAGAUGCAUCUUCUACCAGUUCUCAGGGACCUCAUUCUAUGGGUAGGUUAUUCCUUGAUCAGGUUAGGCUGGGAGAUUUGAACCCUGACGGUGCACCAGUGGAGCAGCAUCUCAAAUAUGCCUUAGAAUGUGUCCAUCCUGAUCUAACUGGUGUGCAUUCUCCAACCAAGAAACCAUCUCUGACGUGCCCUGCUGAAGGACCGGAUUCUAUUGAUCAACCAUUGCUUCAGGAGGAUACCGAGCAUGUCCCUGAAACCAAUUCUUUGGGAAGAGCAUGUCCCAGGGUCAGCCGACCACUUGAAAUUGAUACAUCAAAUAGUGAUAAAACCAAUUGUUCUCAAAGGCCUUGUUCUGUGGUCAACCCUCUGCUUGAAAAUGAUAUAUUGCAGGUUAUUGAGGAUACUGAAAAACUGCAGAGUUCCAAUUGUCAUGUAUCAUCUCCAUACAGUGGACCUUUGCAGCUACCUACCCAGCUAGCUGACUCAAGGUUUGGGGCUCAAGCAUCAUCAGGAACAUCACCAAGCAGUCUUUUAGGGGAGGAUGGGCAUGAACAUCUUUCAGAUUUGCCAAUAAAUAACAGUAGAUCUUUGCAGCUACCUACCCAGCUAGCUGACUCAAGGUUUGGGGCUCAUGCAUCAUCAGGAACAUCACCAAACAGUCUUUUAGGGGAGGAUGGGCAUGAACAUCUUUCAAAUUUGCCGAUAAAUGACAGAAACAACCGAUGCUCCCAAGGGAGAUCUGCUUUAAGCCUAGAGCUGCUUCCACCUCAAAAUUUUACUUCCAAUGAUGUUUGUCAAUCAAGCCUCUUGCCUUAUAGAACGCAAAGCAAUGACAAACAUUCCAAUGGUUGUACUGCUGUGAGUAACUUUAAGUCUGCAGAUAAUGAGUUAUCUCAGAAACCAUAUUUAUCGGUCAGAUCAUCUUUGGAACUUAAUGGGAGUAUUCCAGAUGCAGAAACUCCAUUAGGCCAUCCUCCUCUGGACAUGGAAAAUGAGAUGCUCAAAGCAAACUCAGUAUCUAACUUGGUCAGCUGUUAUUCAGGAAAGUUGGGUGAUGAUGCUCAUAUCAGCAGAGCGUAUGGUGGUUCUGCUGAUAACGGAAAGCACGAGUCUGUGGUUCUGAAAGUUAUGCCCAGUAAUUCAUCUCAAAGAACCGGAGAGAUGCAUGGAACAGAAAGGAACAGUGUGGUUUUGUUGGAAAAAUGCAAUGAAAGCCUGCAUCAAGGAAAAGAACAAGAGACCCCUCAUGCUGAGGAUGAUUUGCAGAUGAAUGCUAAUUCAUGCACAGCCGAGAAUAUUGAGAAAAGGAAGUCUGCAAGUACUUCAGAAUCACGUGAGAAGAGCAAUAACCACCAGGAGGACACAAGAACUGCUCAGAAGAAGUCAGUUGCAGAUGAUGUUCAGAUAAAUGGGGGUACACCAUCCAAGAGAAAACGAAUAAAACGCCAGGACAUUGCGCUUCCCAGUUCUUAUGACACAAAGCCAUCUUCUUCGAACCACCAAGAUGCCAUUGGCACUCAUAUGGUAACUGCAGAAAAUUUCUCGGGGAAAUCACAACCUUCAGGUCGUUACUUCUUAAGGAGUUCAGGAUUCAGUGAGUUCAUGUCUCUCAAGUCUGAGACAAAGAAUGAUAUAAUGAACUGCAAGAUGUCAGUUGCAAGUGAUGUUCAACAAAAUAGGAAUUCUUCUCCCAAAUUAAGAAAUAAGUCCAGCCUAUCUGAGGUUGCCCUCUGUAACUCUUCUAGUGCGAAGGCUUUAUCACCUCAUGUUGGUUGUGGUAUCAGGAGCAAGAUUGCAGUUGAAGAAAUGGACCUCCAAAAUUAUCAAGUACAGUUACAAAAUAUUUUGGAUGUUGCAACUUCUCCUUUGCCUAGCAGCUGUAUUAUGUCGCUUGAUAACAUGGAACACUGCAUACGAGAGGAAAAUCCUUACUUACAAGGUGAGGGCCUAAGUGUUUCUAAUUCCAGUGUAGAGCAUAAGCAAAUGGCUCUUCGGAUGGAUGAAAUAUUGUCUCAGAGUGUGAUAAUAAAUCCAGAAAAUUAUUCCAGGACUGAUUCAACAAAUAUAUUUCCGGGUUGUGCAUCGGAACAACAUGGUAAACAGGCAUCUGCUCCAAUUGCAUUGUUUCAUGAGAAAUUAAGUUAUGGCUCUGGCAUAGAAGUUGAUAGGAAACUUAGAAGUGAAGACCUAACUGGAUGUUUGCUGUCUGCUUCCACUAUACCAAGACAAAAGGAUAAUGAAGCUUUGGACUGUAAUGAUACAAUGCCACAAUUCGAGUGCUUUGAUUUUUCUGUUCCAGACAGUCCAACUACCAAAGAAAGGCCAUUUGAUUCCCUUUGUGAUACCAGAGAAUUUGCUACUUUUAGUUCUGAUAUCUCCGAGAAGUAUAAGACGAAUACUCUGAGUGGCAUGCGUCAGCUAUUGGCAACUAUGUCAGGGAAAGCUGCAAACUGUUCAUUCGAUGAUGAUGAGAGACAACACAAUGAUAGUGUCGAUGGAAGAAUAACAGACAUAUUUGGCUCAUGUGGAUUGGGACACAAUGGUUCAUUUUUUACUUCUGAUGUUGUAGCCUCAUAUUCUUCAAAUGCUAGAGACAAACAGGAGAGUAGUGAAAAUCCAUUGACCCCUGCAGUUGAAAAGUAUAGUCUGGGGAAACUUUCAGGAACAAGUGGAUCUGUUUCUGAGCAUAUGGGUUCAAUUCCUGAGCUUUCGUGCUUCCGAAUUGAUGAAGACAGUGACAUUGCAGAAGAAAAUGAGUACCAAGACAUAUUACCUGGAUCUGUAGGUACCCAGAGGCAAUCUGGCAGAAAAGUACUUCAGGAUAUCACUAGAUUAUGUCAAAACACUGGGAAUUCUGCUUCUUGUUCCAUAGGUAUCAUGGAUACAAGUGACACAAACUUCACCACAGAAACUUGCAGCAGUGAACUCAAUCAUCAACCAGGUCUCAGGAAUGAUGGUGAUAACAAGAAAGCUAAAGAAAGUUAUGCUUCUUUAGUAAAGAAAGGAGGGAAAAUGUCUCGUUCUUUCCGUGACAGAUUAAGCAAGACAGAAGCAAGGCACAUGAGUGAAGCAAAUACUGGCAAACGCUCUAAGCCUAGCAAUAUUGUUGCUAAUGUGGCAUCUUUUAUACCUCUUGUAAAACAAAAGGUGCAACCUGCAGCAGCAUGUGUGAAAAAAGAUGUUAGGGUGAAGGCACUUGAGGCAGCGGAAGCUGCAAAACGUCUUGAAGAAAAGAAACGAAAUGAGCGUGAAAUGCGCAAAGCAGCCACAAAACUAGAGCGUGAGAAACUGAAGCAAGAGAAAGAAUUAAAGCAAAAACAUGAAGAGGAACAGAAAAAGAAAAGAGAUGUUGAUGUAGCAACUAGAAAGAGGCAGAGGGAUGAGGAGGAAAGGAGGGAAAAGGAGAGAAAAAGGAAAUGCAUUGAGGAAGCUCGAAAACAACAGAAGCAGCCUAUGGAAAAAAGGCACGCCAACAGUGAGAAAGAUGCUCAUCCAAAAGCUUCUGAUAACAAGGAGUUGCAGAAGAAUUUGGCUGAAUCAGUGAAAGGCCAAGUUAAACCUGAUGAUAUGGCAAGUCUUGGAGAUAAGGCCACAAAAGGUAACAAUGAAAAGGUUGUGGUGGCUGAUGAGAGGCCUGGAAGUUUUGGAUCUCAAUCUCAGGAAAAUAUCCCAAAGAGUCUUGAAGAGCCUUAUUUGAUGACUCCAUAUAAAGAUUCUGAUGAUGAGGAUGAUGAUUUUGAACUAAAAGAAGAAUCAAGACGGAGAAGGAAAUUGAUUCCGUCAUGGGCUCGGGGGGAGAAAUUGGAAAAAAUCUUACUAUCCAAUUACGCUUUGGACCAUAGAGAAAUCUUUGCACGAAAAUGCUCCUCUAACCUAUCUGAAAUUUGUCCAGUCCACAUUCCGCAACGUAGUUUCAGAUGAGUUUUUUUUUUCAAAAGAAGGGGUCCCAGAUGAGUUCCCAUUUGACGAACUGUUGGUUAUAUGCUGCCAUCUUUCUUCAGCAUCACCAUUUGGCUUCACUUCUGUCAGUAGCAUGUCUAUAAGCUGAUCACACCAUUCUCUCGUUUCAACUAUGUAGAAGAACAUUCUUGUAUUAUCAGGCAAUUGCGGCAACGAUCGUUGUUGUGCAUAGUUUUGAUUUGUUCGCAAAGACUUUGCUUCGGUUGCAUUAUUCUUUGUGCAAGCUAGGAGAUGAACUGCUCGUUGAUAAGAGUAGCAUUCCUGUCUAAUGGCACUGUGCUCAAAGGAGCAGCAUGGUAGCAGCAAAAGCUGCUUGUGUACAUUAUGUCCAGACUCUAGCAUGUAAUUCCAAGAAGUGAUUUUAGGCAUCAAAAGAAAAAUAUCUCUGCUUUUUA